AGUUAUACUGAGACACCAGAUUGAAAUGGGAGAACUCCUUUUCUGAAAAAUGGUGGUUAGCUGUUUAAAAAGGAACCCAAGCAUGACCAGGAAGCUCUUCACAAACACCAGGGAGCGGUGGAGGCAGCAAAACGUCAACAGCGCUUUUGCCAAGCUGAGGAAGCUUAUCCCCACUCACCCUCCAGACAAAAAACUGAGCAAAAAUGAAACACUUCGUCUGGCCAUGCGGUAUAUCAACUUCUUGGUCAAGGUCUUGGGAGAGCAAGGCCUGCAGCCAACAGGAGUGGCAGCUCCAGGAAACAUUCUGGGGCUCUUUCCCCAAGGGGCCCGCCUACCGAGCCUGGAGGACAGCACUCUACUGGAUGACUGCCAAGGGUCACUGCCUGGUCCAAGCCACCCCGUUCCAUAGUGUGACCCAGGCGGUCAGCUCUCUGAGUAGCACUUGUUCAGAAGUCACCGGAUAUUAUUAGCCAGUUGCUUGCUCCAGAUUCAAUCUGAUGAAUCAUUUGUGAGACACGAGCUUACACUUCCUGCCUGGUGGCUCAGGGACCGUUGCAGGGAACUCAAGGAGGCAGAUUUACGGCCUGUAAAAUGGAAAUCUAAUUAUGAACAUCCCAGCAUUAUCUUUAAAUGACAUUUAACGAUGAGCGAACUUAAACAAAAUAUUUAGCAUAGACAAUAGAAAUGCAAUACCAGCGAGUGAAUGAAUACAUGUGUAAUUUGCCUUCCCUGCUAUGAAGCAUUGGCUCAAUCUCAAAUCGAGAGGGUUGGUGCCCAAUUAGGCAAUGAAAUGGUGUGGGCCUGGCAGGCUUCACCACCACUUCGAUAUUUGAAUUUAAACAUGAAUCCCAUCGUUGAGGCCAGAGUAUAAAUAAUUUCA